AUGGGGGCGUGGUCUCGUCUCGCUGGCGGCCUCAGGGCAGGGGCGUGGCCUUUCCUCAAGGCGCGCAACAUAGGGGGCGCGGCUAAGGUUGGGGGCGGGGUCGUGCGGGGCGUGGCUCGGGCUUUCAAUAUCUGCGUGCAGGAAUCCCGUUCUGCUUCCAGAAGCGGAAGUGCUCAUGGGUCUGGCAAGUCGGGGAGGCACACCCCUGCAAGAUCUCGCUCUAAGGAGGAUUCCAGGCGCUCCAGGUCAAAAUCUAGAUCCAGGUCUGAAUCCAGGUCUAGAUCAAGGAGGAGUUCCCGCAGGCACUACACCAGGUCCCGCUCCCGUUCCCGCUCGCACAGGAGAUCCAGAAGCAGGUCGUACAGUCGGGACUACCGGCGGCGGCACAGUCACAGCCAUUCCCCCAUGUCUACUCGGAGACGGCACAUUGGCAACAGGGCAAAUCCUGAUCCAAACUGUUGUCUGGGAGUGUUUGGGCUGAGUCUGUACACCACAGAACGAGACCUGCGGGAGGUUUUCUCCAAGUACGGCCCCAUUGCCGACGUGUCCAUCGUGUACGAUCAGCAGUCGCGGCGCUCCCGCGGCUUCGCCUUCGUCUACUUCGAGAACGUCGAGGAUGCCAAGGAAGCAAAGGAACGUGCCAAUGGAAUGGAGCUGGAUGGAAGAAGGAUCCGGGUAGACUUCUCCAUAACAAAAAGACCUCACACACCUACCCCUGGAAUCUAUAUGGGAAGACCCACUUAUGGCAGCUCACGGCGACGAGAUUACUAUGACAGAGGCUACGACAGAGGCUAUGAUGACCGUGACUAUUACAGCAGAUCAUACAGAGGAGGAGGUGGUGGCGGUGGAGGAGGUUGGAGAGCUGUUCAGGACAGGGAUCAGUUUUACAGGAGGAGGUCACCGUCCCCGUACUACAGCCGAGGGGGCUACAGAUCCCGCUCCAGAUCCCGGUCCUACUCACCUCGUCGCUAUUAAAGCAUGACACAUAGAGGAAUUUCUAGCUACAGCCUUUGAGUUGAAAUUGCAAGUUUGUGGACAAUAUUUUUUUAUUGUCUCUUCUGUUUAACCAAGUGACAGUGCCUAGUGAAUUAGGUGACUUUUACACCUUUUAUGAAGACAACUUCUGUGGUGUUCAAUGCUGUUUCAUUCUGCAUAUUUGUGUAGUUUGGUGCUUUGUUUCCAGUUGUGUUUUGAAAGGAGUAUGUUUUGCAUGUAUUUUUUUAGUCUCCAUUUUGACUCCUGAAAGGUUUCUAUUGUAAAGACAAAACUGUUGAGUUAGUUUUUUCUACUGAUUCCAAGUUAUUCCCAAGAUCCAAACCUGUGUAAAAUGCUCUCCGAAAGCAAGAGGAAAAAAUAAAAUAAA